CACCAACACCUCCUCGAUCGCUUCCCUCCUCCCUUUUUUGCCAAUCGCCAUCCCACGACAGCCGGAGGAAAGGAGUCGGGGAGGGGAAAGCGAGGACACACCCGCACAUACUGUACCCGCUUUACACCGCGAGGAUGACAACAUGAGGUGGAUAUCAUCGACUGCCCCAAAUUGGAUUUUUUUUUAACCCGCUCUGAAGACGGAAGGGCUGUUUGUCGCAGCUGGCUAUUCACCUUCCUGGUACCGGAGUCCAGAUGACUGCAGUCGGAUCCUAGGUGACAUCCUGUGGCCGUCAGGUCUUUACGGUGUCGAGCCCCCUCCUUCUCCCGGCCCCUGCCUGCAGUUCUCCAGGCUGCAGGACCCAGACUCAUUGAAAGGUGCAGGCCUCCCCCCCCUGCAGAAUGACUGUUGCCACGGGCGACCCCUCUGACGAGGCGGCUGCUCACCCGGGGCUGGACUACGACCCGGAGGCCGACCAUGAGUGCUGUGAGAGGGUGGUCAUCAACAUCUCAGGGCUUCGCUUUGAGACUCAACUCAAAACCCUCUCCCAGUUUCCAGAGACCCUGCUGGGGGACCCCAAAAAGAGGAUGCGCUACUUUGACCCGCUGAGGAACGAGUACUUUUUCGACAGGAACAGAACCAGCUUUGACGCCAUAUUGUAUUAUUACCAAUCAGGGGGCCGGCUAAGAAGGCCGGUCAACGUCACCCUUGAUAUUUUCUCAGAGGAGAUCCGCUUCUAUGAGCUUGGCGACGAGGCCAUCGAGAUAUUCAGAGAAGACGAGGGUUUCGUCAAGGAGGAGGAGCGGCCUCUUCCUGAAAAUGAAUUUCAGAGACAGGUGUGGCUGCUGUUCGAGUACCCAGAGAGCUCAGGUCCUGCUAGGAUUAUUGCCAUAAUUUCUGUCAUGGUCAUCCUGAUAUCUAUCGUCAGUUUCUGCUUGGAGACUCUCCCCAUUCUGCGAAACGAUGACGACGACAGGUCUCCAACGAAAAUAUAUUACCCUGAGACCAACACCACAGUCAUCAGCUAUACAUCCACCUACUUCACUGACCCCUUCUUCAUCCUGGAGACUCUCUGCAUUAUAUGGUUCUCCUUUGAGUUUCUAGUGCGCUUCUUUGCCUGCCCCAGCAAAGCAGGCUUUUUUGGUAAUAUGAUGAACACAAUUGAUGUUGUUGCUAUCAUCCCUUACUUCAUCACUCUUGGCACAGAGCUAGCAGAAAAGCCAGAUGACGGUCAAGCGGGUCAACAAGCCAUGUCUUUAGCCAUUCUCAGGGUCAUCCGCUUAGUACGAGUGUUCAGGAUUUUCAAGCUGUCACGUCACUCCAAGGGGCUUCAGAUUUUGGGUCAGACGCUGAAAGCCAGCAUGAGAGAACUCGGCCUGCUCAUUUUCUUCCUCUUCAUAGGUGUCAUCCUUUUCUCAAGCGCCGUCUACUUUGCCGAAGCAGAUGAGCCCGAGUCACAGUUCGAAAGCAUCCCAGAUGCGUUUUGGUGGGCGGUGGUGUCCAUGACAACAGUUGGCUACGGUGAUAUGGUCCCAACUACCAUCGGUGGCAAGAUCGUGGGCUCCCUCUGUGCCAUUGCAGGUGUGCUGACCAUUGCCUUGCCCGUGCCUGUCAUCGUGUCCAACUUCAACUACUUCUAUCACCGUGAGACUGAAGGCGAAGAGCAGGCGCAGUACUUGCAGGUCAACGUGGCCAAAACCGAUUCAGCCGAAGAGCUGAAGAAGAGCCGCAGCGGCUCCACCAUCAGUAAAUCGGACUAUAUGGAGAUUCAGGAGGCAGUGAACAACAGCCGGGAGGACAUUCAGGAGGAGAACCUCAAGACGGCCAACUGCACGCUGGCAAACACAAACUAUGUAAACAUUACAAAAAUGCUCACAGACGUGUAGUCGUCGGCUAUCUUCCUCCCCGUCAUGGCGGGAAAUGUGGAGCCGGCAAUUAGACAGGACUGGUGUACAGCCUCCCACCUCACGUGUGCUGGAAAAAACAAGGCAAUAUAAUUCAGGAUGCUGAUGAUGAUAAACAGUGAAAAAAAUAUAUAACUAAGACCAUCCGCUCACUCUUCGCUCAUCCUGUCUUCACCCCUCACAACUCGCCCUUAAUAACUCCUGAUAACUGUCAAACAGAGUGAAAUUUAAAAUGUUGCAUAUCUGCAUGGAGUUGGCUUUGUUUUGUGUGUGUGGCUGUUUUGAAAAAAAAUGACAAUGCCUAAACUAAAAUUGUUCCUGCUCACAACAGUAGCCAACAGUAGUGCACCAAAAGAAAAGAACAAGGGAGAAACACGGCAAGAAAAAAAACAAGUAUUGCUUCCAAAAGAAUAAAAAGCAACACAAGUCCUGCUUUAGUCCCCCAUCCCUCAUUUCCCAAGCCACGCUGCUCUGCCAUGCGCUUUCUGAAGAGCCCUACUCGCGCUACAUAUGCUGCUUCUUGGAGCCAAUGAAAAAACUGUCUUAUGAUUCACCAUUUAGGAACAAGAGGAUGUGUGAGCAUAAAGCAAGCUCACCCCACUACUGGAUGGCCUGUGGGUGACUUAUGAGGAGGUUGGUGUUUAAGUACACCACGUUAUUUCAAGGAUGAAUGACAGCCAUCAGCACUUAGCUCAUGGUUCGACACCUUUUUUUCCCAGCAGACAUCAGUAUCUGAUGAAUGGCUGAGAAUGGCCUUGCCUUUUCACUGCUUUGGUCUUACAUGUACUGUAUGUAUUGCAAUGCAAGCUUCCCCCCCCCCUUCCAUUCACCCAAAACUGGUCUUACUGCAGAGCUUUGAGGACAACUUGAAUGUUUCUUCUUGUUUUGUUCAUUUUUCACAGUUUCACACACAGAAACACGCACAUACUUAUUCAAAUAAGGUAGGUUAACUGUGACUUAACUGAUAGCCGGUAGGUAGGUGCUGUUACUAGUAAAACAUAGUCAGUAGAUAAUUGCAUGACAUUUUUAUCUGAAAGAGAAUUACCACUUGUUUCUUGACUGCCACUUGCUUCAUCACACCACUGUAUAUUUGUGUGUACACUGCCUUCUAUAAAGAGUCACAAUUUUAAAAGGACGCCUGCGGGUCAAGAACCUAUAGCUGUACGUUAGAGGAUUUCUUAAGGAAUACCCAUAAGGUCAAAUCCUGCUCUUAAUGUGGUGUCCUUGUCGAUAUUUACAUUCCAUGUAGAAGUCAUCGCUUUAAACUAUUGCCAGAAAAACCGCUGAGCUGUGAUUUCAGGCGUGAACUCACACUCUAGUUUUGGACAUGGAUCCCAGUCGCAGAUGUGAUAGACUCGUAGUGCUGUCUUUUUCACAGUUUUGUCACAGGAUCACGUUGUCAUGAUCGAAAUAGCAACUUUUAGGAUUCUUGUAUAGAGUAAUGCUUCCCCCCCGAACUGCCUUUUUAUCUGGGUUUACGCUAAUCUCCUAAUGUUGCAUGACCUCAAAAACAUUCCUAGAAGCAUGCAUUUAAGAUCAUAGAAGAAACAAAACAAAAAAUAUAAUAAUUACAAUAGAUGUAUUUAUUUCAUAUAUAUAUAGAUAUAUGAGUAAAAUAUGUAUACAGACAGGACACAUACUAUACAGGACACAUAUACUAUUAUCAGAGAAUAAAAAAACUUUAAAUAGCAAUGUUUAAGAGAAAGCAAGAGCCUUUCCACAAUGCGCAAAUCAUUGCCAUGUUUUUAAUAAAAAAAACAAUUUUGAAUGACAAUAAUGGUUGUUCUGAGCACAGUGUCAGUUUCAGAUCCAAAGACACACUCUUACUAGCCAUUUUAAAAGCAUCAUUUUCGCUUUCAGCAAACCAGACACAAAAAAUGUUGCUUCACUUAAUAUAAAAAAGGCUUUCUGUAUUAAAGACAUCGCGUUGUUCAAAACUGUAUCAUCCCUAGGCAAGAGUCUUGUAUCAGAAAGAUUUACAUUGGUGAUCAUUUGCUCAGAAUUGAAAUGGAGUCUGGCUGUCCUUUUUAGAAGUCUCUGGUGCCAGAAGCUCAAUCUGUCUGUAAAUGUUGGCAUCGAAUGUGGAGUUGCUUCUAGGAUUGAGUCCAGCUGAGAUUCAUUCACUGUUCGCUCAACACUGCCAAGGUAUCAGUUAAAGGCAGUAAUGUCAAUAUGGGAAGGAUAAUUAGCAGCGUUGUGUAGCAGAUAUUGGCUAACCUGGGGGUACUCUGACUUCACUCCUGAGUCGCUUGCUUCAUCUUCUCACAGAUGUCUUAGGUAAUUAGAAAGGUGAUGGAUUAGGAGAAGCUGUGUAGCAAGACAUGUCUACAUGCAUUCUGUCAUGCCAGGAUGUACAUCUUUAUUCUUAGGGUUUCAUUCUGCUCACUACAGUCUUUAACCUGCAGUAGCAAAAAUGUUUUUACACCAUCGCUGCCAAUAUGUGCUCAGGAUGCCUCGUCCAACUGCCUGACAUGAGGCUUCUGAAGCCCAGAUCUGUGUCUGAUUUCAUGUCUCUUUAAAGAGACUUUCAGUAAAUAAAAUAGAAUAGCAUAAAAGGUGGAUUGAAGUCUGUAACCGAAGGUAGGACCAGAUUUUGUUUAGCAAUAUUCCCAUAUUCAUUUGGUGGAGAGGUCUUUGUGGACAUCAUGUUUUAAAAAAACGUAAUGGACCUUCACAGUCCCACCAAGAUCCUGUUUAUCAGUUGAGUAUUUUUGGAGGUGUGUUGAUGAACGGCUAUGUAGGAGUUUUCUGUGAGUGGUGUGUGUGUGUGUGUGUGUGUGUGUGUGUGUGUGUGUGUGUGUGUGUGUGUGUGUGUGUGUGUGUGUGUGUGUGUGUGUGUGUGUGUGUGUGUGUGUGUGUGUGUGUGUGUGUGUGUGUGUGUGUGUAAGGAAGAGAGAACGACAAAGAGAACCACUGAAUGUUAGUGUCUUUGCCUGGUUGUACAGCUGCAUUUAUGCAACAGACAUUUACAUCUGUAUAUGUGAAGAAAAAAAACACUCACAUUCUGACCAAAAAUAUGUGUCUCUGCAUGCAAAUGCAUUGUAUCUCAUUGUCGUCAUUUCAUUUGUUUUGAACAUAUGUAUAUGAUAAAUGUUACACAUGCAACAUUUAUCUGUUAUGUUUGAAAUUGGGCACCUCACUGUACCUCAGCCAAAUUCACUGUAGCCACACCCAUACACUACACAAUCUAACAACAACAGUUAGUUCUGCUUAAAGCACAAAGACAUGUAGAAUCAUACACCUGCAGAUUUAAUCUGUAAAUGUUUUUAUUCAGUGGGAACAAAGUCAACUACAAUGAUGUAUUGCUUUAUGAGGAGCAAUACACCCUAAAAAAAAGUCAUCUCUCACCUGCUGAGGGUCUCACCAGCAAAUCCGCUCCAUGAGAAGGGUGCCCAACAGUGACUACACUGAGAAAUCUAUGCAGAAGAUGAUUAUAAGCUGGUAAUUGAGAAGGUUUAAGAACAUCAUGUUUUACUCCGGCACCAAUUACAUGUUGAUCCUGAGAGCUGACAGUGCUUUUGAAACGAGCCCCUCAAGCAGAAGAGACACACUUUGCAAUAUUCUGCUGAUGUACACACACUCACACGUUGGAUGAAUGUGAAUGAGAGCUUUUGUUUGUUUUAAAUGCGAUGUCAGCUCUUUGAGACAAAAAAGAUAUUCAUACAUAUGGGAAGCAGGACGAUCAAUAUGCAAUCUGUAUGCAUGUGUGUGUUUGAGGUUAAACGUUUUCUUUUCGUUUGACCCCCAGAGCCUGAUAGUGUGGCAUCCACUGACACAAUAUGUACAGUUCUCCACCCCCCCACAUCAUAGAGGCCUGAAAACAUCCAUCAACGUUGGUACAGUGGAUAAUGGAUUUUCUUUCUAUGAAAUGAAAUGUGAGAGAAUAAUGUAAAUAAUAACUAAUGGAUGAAGGAGCAAAAACCAUGUACAAUAUACUGUAUGUGAAGUCUGGAUUUAAAAUGUAGUAUUAUCUGCACUUUACAAGACAAAAAGGACAAUCUAAGGACAAGAAAAACAUGUGAAAUAAAAAAUGCAUAUAAUCCUU